AUGGAGAUUGAAAGCAUGGUGGCAAAUAGUGCUCUUAUUAAAGCCAGAGAAGGUGGAGGGGGUAAAGGCAGAAGCUGGAAGUGGAAAGAGAUGCUUCGCUUUCCUCACAUUAAUCAGUGCAUGGAAAUGGCCAUGAAUAUAGAGCGAGACUACUAUAGUCUGUGUGUGAAGCAGCCUAUUGGCAAGAAACUGUUUCAGCUCUUCUGUCGGAGUCGGCCUGAUCUGCAGAACUACAUUUCCCUCCAGGACGCUUUGGACAUGUUUGAGACAAAGUCAGACGAGGAGAGGAGAGUUUUCGGCAUCAGCAUCGUUCAGAGAUUCCUCAUGAGUCAGUCCAGUCAGUGCGUGCCCAUCGUGCUGAGACACAAACAGAGCUGCAUCCAGAAUCUGGAGCUGGAUCCCUGCAGCGAUGUCUUUCAUGAGUGCAUGGAAGACCUACAUAAAUACCUCAGUGGAGAGCCCUUCAUGCAGUACCAGGAGAGCAUGUUUUUUGACCGUCUGCUACAGUGGAAGAUGUUGGAGAGGCAGCCCAUCACCAAGCAGACGUUUAGACAGUACAGACUACUGGGGAAAGGAGGGUUUGGAGAGGUGUGGGCUUGUCAGGUGCGAGCCACAGGAAUGUUGUACGCCUGCAAAAAGCUGGAGAAGACUCAUGUGAAGAAGAGGAAAGGAGAAGGCAUGGCUCUCAAUGAGAAACAGAUACUGGAGGCGCUGGACAGUCGAUUUGUGGUGAACCUGGCGUAUGCUUACGAGACCAAACACUCCCUGUGUAUGGUUUUGACCAUGAUGAGCGGUGGGGACUUGAAGUUUCAUAUUUAUAACAUCGGCGUGCCCGGCCUGGACAAAGACAGAGUGAGGUUCUACGCUGCAGAGGUCUGCUGUGGUUUAAUGCACCUCCACCAAAAGUCAAUAAUAUAUAGGGAUAUGAAACCAGAAAACAUUCUCUUGGAUGACAAUGGACACAUCCGCAUCUCUGACCUUGGCCUGGCUGUGAGUCUGUCUGAAGGGAAACUGGCGCGAGGCAUGGUGGGCACGCUGGGAUAUAUGGCUCCCGAGGUGAUCAACCACAGGCCUUACGGGGUGAGCGUCGACUGGUGGGGCCUCGGCUGUCUGAUCUAUGAGAUGACUGCAGGGCAGCCCCCGUUCAGGACCCGAGGAGAGCAUCCUAAACCCAUGGAGAUGGAGCGAAGGAUUCAGACUGAACAGGAGGAAUACGGUGACAAGUUCAGCACGGAGGUGAAAGACCUCUGUUCCUUGCUGUUGACCAAGGACCCGAACCAGAGGUUGGGUUGCCAGAGCUCAGGGGGGAGGGAAGUAAAGUCGCACCCUUUCUUCCAGCUAAUCAACUUCAGGAUGCUGGAGGCAGGACUCGUCAAGCCCCCAUUUAAACCUGAUCCCAGACAGGUGUACUGCAGCGACGUGCAGGACAUUGACGAGUUUUCUACAGUGAAGGGAGUCAUUCUGAACCACGAAGACAACUACUUCUACUCCAAGUUCAACACAGGCAGCGUCCCUAUAACCUGGCAAAACGAGGUGAUAGAGACAGGAUGUUUCCAGGAGCUGAAUAUUUUUGGCCCUGCGGGAUCUCGAUCUCCGGACCUCGAGUGGUCCCAGGCGCCCGAGAACCCCAAACGCGGCCUGCUGCACCGCCUCUUCCGCAGAAACCAGCAUCCGGAGUCGUCAGACGAAAGCAGACAGAACUUGGUGUCCCACGAGAGCUACAUGACGUCUGGACUCGUCAGCUCCAGCCUCUGAGGACUGCCGCAGCACAGAGACUGCUUUAAAGACACUAACGUACGAAGUGAAUCUCUGUGAAUCCCAGCA